AUGUCGACAUUACCGUGGAUUAAAUAUGACCAUGGACCUUUAUCUGGCAAUGAAAAUCUAACAGAUUUGCCCUCGAAUUGCUUUCCCGUGCGAAACCUUCUACGGAGUUCGUCGUCAAACCAACAAUGGGUAGUGGCAUUGCGUGACACCGAACAACGACGCUUCGCAGCGAUUCUAACCACACUUUCAGCACCACCGUCUUUCGAAACCGAUGUCACACAGACAGAAAUCAAGAAGAAACAAAGAUGGUCAGGAAAAGAGCAGACAGUUGAACAUCUACUCGAUGGAUUUUUCAUCAUGCAUCAUUGUGCAAUUGAAGAUCCGUCAAAUGUUGUUAGCUUGCGUAUCAACGGAUUGGAAUUGCAAGAAGUUUCGGAAGAAGAUUUUUUACUAUUCGACAAUGUUCUACACAUUGAUGCCAGUGAAAAUCAAUUACCUUUUCAUGGUUUUAAAACAUUUCCACAAUUACUCCAGCUCGAUUUAUCAUUCAAUCAAAUCAAAAAUAUCAAACUGAACGUGAAUGACUAUGAAACGCUCGAAGACUUGAAUCUUUCAUUCAAUAAUCUAACAAUGCACGAUUUUGAAACGCUGGGCAUGUUACCAUCGUUACGUAUACUUCGAGCAACAGGAAAUGAUCUGGUUGGAUUGUCACGGCGAUUAACAAAACCAUACAUAUACACAGACAUACAUGGAAAAGAAUUUGUGAAAGAACGUUUUCCUCGGCUUGAAGAAUUGUAUCUUGAUCGAAAUAAACUCGUCGAAGAUGAACUAUUCAUUCAUUUGUCAACCUUGAAAAAUCUCAAACGUCUUCAUUUGCAGCACAAUCACAUCCGAACAAUUCCAUUCCUAAAAGUUCUUCGAGGUGGGCAAGUUGCUCAAGAAUAUUCCAAAACAGCACUGAAAAGGAAGAAGACAAAUCCAACUCAAGCUCCAAAUUCCACGGCUGAUAUCCCGAUAAAGAGUACGAUAUUCGAAGAAGAUGAAAAUCUACCCAGCGAUCAAAAAGGGAGCUCAGCACCGGAAGAAGAAGAGGAUAUCUCAUUACCGGCCUUUCCUGAAUUACAAUAUCUUGAUAUAAGUUCGAAUUUGAUUGAAGAGGAAGAUGACAUAAUGGCAGUAGCGUCAUGGCCAAGUUUGACAGAAGUCGUAUUGGCAGGUAAUCCUCUUAUCCACCGCCACGUGGGUCUUCCGCCGUUAAUCGAAAACUUUCUUAUCGAUCGACUUGGAAUGAAAAUUCAUCGAGUUGAUCCAUCGUUGAAAGUGGAUAAACCGUUCAUUGCAAAACCGAUUAAAAAGCAUCGAAAAGUCACAACUCAUGUGGCAAAAGUCCCCAAGAUGCCAAUUGAUCAAUUAAUAUCCGGUGCUGUCAAACAAUACAUUGAUUAUGUCAAAACCGACAGUGAUAAUCAAACUGAUGAUAGAGCAUUGACUAGUGACACUCAGCAGAAUGAUUCAUCAGAAGAAGAGCGUUAUAAAACAGAAGAUACAACGCUACAAGACGAGAAUAAAUACGUCAAUGAUACUCCGCGCGGUGACGAACAAAGUUUGAAUCAACAAACAGAAAAUAUCUUUAUGACAGAAUUUGAAAAUGAUGAUUUUCUUCCAACUGCGACUCCCGUCGAGCCGGAUAAUCAGUCCGAAUUGAAAGAACAUUCACAAAUAACAUCAGACACACCUAAUGAGAAAUUCAAAGGCUUUGAAGUCUUUUUCGAUAUUGACAAUGAAAACGAAAUUCCCGUUCCAAAAAAUGUCAUCCACUGUGUGCGCGAUUUGAAACAAAUGCUGCGUAAUCCAUUAGUUGUUCGACACGAUAACAUUCAAGUUAAUCGACGCCAACGAACGUUCGUACCGAAAAGAAUGGAACGCACCCUUCCACCCGUAAAGUUACCUAACAAGCCCAAAGUCGAGGAAAUUAAUAAGUUAUUAGAUAUCAUCCGUGACCGGCAAACAAUCAUUGAUCAGCCAUUGGGUCAAGUUCUCAAUAAUAAUAAAGACAAAGUCAAUCAACGACGUGCAAAAUCUCUCAUCACAGAAAUUCAGCGUCAUUAUGAACAAGUUCGAAGUGUAUCAUUGCGUUCAGUUCGAACACCAGGGACAACUUUAGAUCGAGCUAUAUACCGUUUACAACGGUUUGAUUCGAACAUAUCAUUGAAGAAACCAACAUGA